GUUCCAAUCACUCACUUCCUCCCUUUCGUGUAACGGUCUGGGCCCAACCCCCCCUAGAUAAAUGCUCUAUAGCUUUAAUAAUUGAAGUGGGUAAGCUAUUUUGAUAACGGGCGAUUCGAUUCUUAAUAGGUUACGAUUAUAAAGACACUUCUAUCAAGCUAUUUAAUGUCUAAGAAGUCUAUACUGUCGUGGAUCAUCGUGAUCAUAUUGUUGUCUAUGUUGUGUAGUCUCCUUUCCAGAUGCAGCCAGGAAUAUCCCUCAUCUGAGGCACCUGGAUUCCUGUAUUUUCAUUGGUUGGUCUCACCCAGAUUAUUAUGGGUCCAGAUUACUCGGUCUGGUCCGAGCAUACCCGCCCAAUUCCACUUCCGCACUUCAACAUGUACCGGGGGUGUUAACGGGAGGGAUCCUAAAGGCGUUGUGUUACGGCCAGCUAGUCGUAGGGGUAGUUUGCAGAAGUUGAGGCUGCGGAACUGGUAACAGUAAUCGUAGUCGUGGAAUAGUUUCAAGGAAACUAUG